GGAAAAAUCCCAUGCAGGCUCCGAGGACACACUUCUCUCUGUCACGUGUAGCAGCUCUUUGUAAAGGUUAACGCGGCUGUGCAGCCCUCCUUAACCCUUUAGUGGCCCGUAGGCUCGUAUUAGUCUGAAGCAAGCACAAUGCAAACCGGAGCACACCGACACGCGUGAUCGAGGCAUGAUCGCGUGGAUACGCGCGGACGCUCGGCUCUGCUUGUCUCUCCUUUGUUUACAACCCCGGCUCGGAUUGAUGGGAGCCAGCGCAGAUCGCGUUUGAGGAAUGGUGAAGUUCACGGGCUCCGAUGAGUGCAGCCGAGUGCGAGGCUUUCAUCUUGCAGUCAACUGCAGAGAGAACAGAGAAAGACGAAGGGAGGGAGACCGACGCUCCCCAAGAGACUGACACGCUGAGGUAGACAGGCCGACCUACAUCCUGCUGUUUACGUGGAGAUCUAGGACACCUCUACGCCAGUUUAGCUCCGUGUGCUCUAUGUUAAACCUUUAACAACCAACUAAAGCAAGAAUUUGGGAUAAAAAAGAGGGAACUAAAGGACUGAUCUGAACUGCUUUGGGUCUGUAGUACUCCAAGGAGCUCGGACACUGAAUUGAUAACCCUUCAAGUGGAUAAAUGUGGGUUGCUAAUGCUGAGCUACAGUUGUUCUUUAUCUUUUUGGCUAAUUUGGACACUUGACUGUUUACCUGGCAUAAAUAUCCAACAUCUACAAUAACUAGACCCAGAGCCGUGGGAGACCAGUUGUUUUCAUCACUACCCCAACCCCCCCCCACCCUUAACCUCUGGCCUAGUUCUUCACUCAGUUCACCAAGCAACAUUUCAAACUGGCUGCCUCUGGACAAAAAUGGAAAAUCUAACAUCGGCUCUCAAAACGUUAAACAAAAACUCAGGGAAUAACCUAAACUGCCUUGAGACCUUCAACGGUUAUGAAGAGUCUCUGCCUUCUAUCCAAGGGACUCCAACUCGUAUGGGGCGUCUCAUCAAACCCAAGCCCAACAUGACCUGCAGGCGAAAGCGGGAGUUCAUUUCCGAUGAGAAAAAGGACGCCUCCUACUGGGAGAAGCGCCGUAAAAACAACGAGGCUGCCAAGCGCUCCCGGGAGAAGCGGCGUCUCAAUGAUAUGGUUCUGGAGAACCGCGUCAUUGCACUGAACGAUGAGAAUGUGAGGCUCAAGACAGAGCUGCUCCAGCUGAAGCUGCGCUUCGGCUUAAUAAGCACUGCCUCCUACAUUGAAAAGAGCCAACAAAUCGGUGCGGGUAGCAACGCAGGAAAUGGAGGUUCCUCCUCCUCCUCUACUCAGUACUACUCCAGUGGUUACUCUAGUGGUUCUCAGGUGAUGGUGAACUCUGACUCCUCUGAAACGGAGCAGUCGGGACGCAGUGAAGGCCACAGGCAGCUGGUGAAAUACUCUCCACGUGGCUCCCUCUCUGACAUGUCUGACGGCUCCUCCAGGGACAGCCCAGAGCCAAUCCCCUUUGAGAUCAAGCAGGAAGGUGACAGGCUGGAGAUGGACAUCGCCAACGGCACCACCACCCAGAUCAUGUUUAACAUCCACCGUGGGCUGACCUCUGUGCCCACCCACCACCAGAUCCAGCAGCAUUCUCAGGAGUUAGAGGCUGCAUAUCACAGCCAAGAGCAGCAGCAGCACCGCCUUCACCAACAGUCCCAACCCCAUCAGGAGCCCGUUACCUGUAUCAACACUGUCAGCCAGGCCGCCUCUCAUCCGCCCGCUGCCCAGAGGAGCGUCAUUCUGUACGGUGCCAGCAGUGCCUCUUAUCCCGUGGACUCCUUGACCAGGACGCAGGAUGCUGAGCUGCUGAACGUGCAAAAGCAGGGCAGCACCAACAGCCAGGUGUGUGUUAGCCAACAGCCCAUUACAGAGAGCUCCACGGAAACAGUGGCCGAGGUGACGAAGCAGCUUGAGAGGAAGACAUUAGAUUCCCCACCGUAUGAGUUCUCAGACUGCCGUAAUGAGGCUAGAGAGAGACAGGUGUACCGAGUUUGCCAACUCCCCCAGCAGCAACUGCAGCAGGAGCAGCAUCAGGAGAGCGAUUCAUCUGCGGAGCUCCACCACAAACAAGUGGAGGGUGUCAGCCACUCACACUUGUACCACCAUCUCCAGCAGCCUCACUCAUACCUCAGCACACAAGACGAGGAGCCACCUGUUCUUACUUAUGAGGGCGGGCCCAGGCAUGAGGCUUAUUACCAAGGCCAAUCAACCUCCUCUUGUAAGGAGGCCACAUCCAGUGAAGGAGAUCCCUGCAGUCCAGAAAAAGAGGCAUCCACAGACGACGAUGAGCUUCCCUCCUCAUCAUGCUCAGAAAUGGGCAGCUUCCACAACCCGCAUCUUACCAUCCACCAGCCUGCCUCGCCUCUGCCCUCCUCCCAGUGCUCUCAGACUCAGUGCUGGGACCCUCAGGGGGAGGUGAGGGGAACCGCUCUGCCCCACAAACUGAGACUCAAACACCGGGCCAUGAGCACCGGCAGCAGCAGCGGCAGCGGCAGCGGCAGCAACUGCUCCGGCCAGGACUCCCCAACCACCCCUCCCUCCGCCACGCCGCCACCUCUCCCCCAACAUCCCUACUUGUCCCUGACGCCCCCACGAAACAUUAAGCAAGAGAGCUCAGGCGGAGUUUGCAAACAGGCGGCCUCAGGGGAGGGGGCCAGGAAGGAGGGUGGGAAAAAGGAGACAGGUGGACGAAGGAACAAGAGGCGCGAUUAGGUGACAUGAACUUUUAGUUGAAGUCGUUAUGACAACUUCAAUGACUCAAAGACACAAUUUCUCAUCGAAGAACUACCCUGCCAUCAUGCCUUUUGCCCUAUGAUUGACUCACCCUUUUUCAGCCCUCAGGACAGGAAACUUGGCUUUUCUACUCCACUCCCACCCAGCGAGGCUGAUCAUCUUGUAGGGCUGUAUUAUAUUUGUAUAUAUUGUACAGAGUUGUCAUUUCUUACAUCCUCUCCAUACUUACAGAUGCACUUUUGUUUAUGUGAUGAGAAGAGGAAUGGAACUGUCCACUUUUUCUACUUUUGUCAUCCAACAAUAUACAGUUGAGUACAUCAGUGAAAGCACAUUUUGAUAACAAAAACACAAAUAAAGAAUGUAGAAAAAUAAACGCUUCAGGCUUUAUCAGUGCUAAAAUUUUGGUACAUAUCCGACUGUAGAGGAGCAUACACGUGUAUGGCUAUCUGCCUUAAUUAAAAUCAAAUGCAAACAUACACUGGGGACAUUCCCUCGACCAAAGAAGCACCAACAAUACUAUCAAUAAGAAGUUCCAUACCUCUUCCCAGACCCUACCUCUACCACCCCAUGCUUUCCCCAGUCAUCUCCAUUAUUUCUCAAAAGAUCACCAUCACCUUUAUUUUUUAAGCACUUGGUUUGUAUAGUACUGUGAUAUAUGAAUAUAUGUAUCUAUUUUAAACAUAUAUUUUAGAAAACAAAUUUGAAUACAAAUUCAACCAAAAAAACAAAAAACAAAACAAAAAAAAACUGCAACAAAUCUUUGGAGGAUUCUGAAAGCGACCCUCCUGUCUCGAAUCGACUCUCUUCAUUGUCUACUGUGGCUACAGGACCCAUUCGAUUUGAAUCACCUCUCACUUGAUUGUUGAGCUUUAGCAUUAAUCGGUUAGUUAAUGCCUAGUUUACACUUAAACGGCCGUCCAUUUUGGAGCGCCAACAGCACUGAAUGGAGAACGCGUUUGUUCCCUGAGGCAAAGGCCUCGUUAAAAAAGAAAAAAGAAUCUUUGGAUUUUCUUACCUUUAACCAGCCUUUAAAUAUUCGGUGGACUUCACCAGCUGCAGGCUAUGAGCCUUUAGUUCAUUUGAGCUUUAUCGACCAUAUCUUCUUGUUGUUACCAUUCACUGGCCCAGUGUAUUUAUUUCCCCUCCCUUCACACGCCCAUCACUGUAGAAAAAGCCCACAGGAACAUAGAUGGAGAAUGUGUACAGCUCUUUUUAGAUGCAUACUGCAGCCUUGAUUUUGAACUUUCACGUCAGACAUGGGACGCUUGGGAGGCGUGAACGAAAGCAGGAGGAAUUAAGUCACAUUCUUAUGAAACACACUACAGUGCACUGAGUCUCAAAGUUCCUCUUGUGGAAACACCUAAGAAGAGAGCCCUCCACAACUACUGUUUACUUUUAUUGUCAUGAAAAAGUGGUUUUGUAGUGUGACCAAACAUGGCCCCUAUGGCUCGCAUUCAACAUGCAUAACUGAGUUAAUACAGCUCAUAAGCUGACGCUACAGCGAAGUUCUCUAACUCUUUGAUCGAGCGAAAAAUUCUGAAAUGAACGAAGAGAGGGCACUUCCCUUGUUUCCCAUGUUUCUCCGUUGUUCAUUUUCAGGGGUUAUUCGUGGUAGUUCUGCUACUGGGCAGUGCUGAAUUGCCUUCACUGGAUUCUAGUUUUUAAAAGAAAAAAGUCUAUGUACCAUGUUUGGCUUUUUGGUGCUUGUGUAUAAAUGUAAAGUUUCCCCUCCCCGCCCUCAAACAACACUGUAACGUUUGUUUCAUUGGUUUUUAUAUCCUGUUUUGUUUUGUUUUUUAAUUUUUUUAUAGUCAAGAGGUGAUGUUCUGUUUUCCUCUAUACUGUGUCUUUUUUCCUACUGACUGUGAUGACAUGUAUUUGCCUCAUUACCCUCCCCCCACCCUUUUCAGUGUGUAUUAAUCAGUAAUGUUUGUGGUUUUGCUGAUGGUUUUAAUGAAAAAGACAAGGACAAAAAAAAAGAAAAGAAAAAAGGCGAAGAUAGUGUGGUGUGUAGAGAUGGGUGGUGGUUGGUCUGGUUGGUCAUUACCAUCGCUUCCUUUUGACAUAUGUAAAGACACUAAUGUUCAUUGUGGAAGAUGGGAGCAUUUCAAGAAAACUCGAAUAAAAAAGAAAUAAUGUUGACCCGUCAACAUAUCAAGAAAA